UCUCUCUCUACCCACUUAGAGAGAGAAAAAGAAAAAAAAAAAAAAAAAAAACAAAAAGAGAGAAAGAAGAAGACCAUGAAGCUCAUAUGGUCCCCAGAAACGGCUUCUAAAGCCUACAUAGAAACUGUGAAAUCAUGUGAGAAAUUCAAAGAAUUCGGAGUUGCAGAGCUCCUCUCAGCCAUGGCGGCGGGUUGGAACGCCAAGCUGAUCGUGGAAGCAUGGACUCAGGGAGGUCCAAUAGCCACGAGCAUCGGUCUCGCUGUGGCCGCGAGGAAUACAGGAGGACGACACGUGUGCAUCGUCCCCGAUGAAAGAUCGAGGCUGGAAUACGUAUCGGCGAUGCGAAACGCGAGCUCAUCGUCGUCGCCGCCGCCGCCACCUCUGCCGGAGAUAGCGGUGGGGGAAGUGGAGGCGACGAUGGGGGGGCUGGUGGGAGUGGAUUUUCUGGUGGUGGAUUGCAAGAGGAGGGAUUUCGCAAGGGUACUGAGAUUGGCUAAGGCGAGCCACAAGGGUGCGGUUUUUGCAUGUAAAAAUGCUGCAUGGCAACGAAACGUUUCGGGGUUCAGAUGGCAAUGGGCUCUCGAGAGGGGGACACGUGUUGUGAGAUCGGUGUUUCUGCCUGUUGGGAGAGGAUUAGAUAUUGCUCAUAUAGGAAGUAAUAGUGGGACUGUGGCAUUAAAGAAAGGUCCUAGCCGUUGGAUCAAGCACAUCGAUCAAAAAUCUGGCGAGGAACACGUUUUCCGGAAGUGAAAAUAAUCUAUGGUGCGGUUUCAGUGUUCAGACUCGUAAUUUUGCCUUUUGUUGUACAGCUAGAUAAAUUAGGAGUUUCGGAUUUCUAUUUUUUCCUUUUUUUUUUGGCUCUCUCUCUCUCUCUUAGGCAAUUUUGGGUCUUCGUUUGGAUUUUAAUACCGUGCUUCAUUUCAUCAGAAAAAAGGAAGAUUGUUAGACAUGCUUCGGAAUCUUAUGAUUUUGAAGCAGGUUUUAACAAUUCUACAUUUACGUUUCGGAGAUCCAAAUGAAAGAUUAAACUGAGGGUUAGCUAGAAAUCAGCAAAGAAUAACUUGUAAAUAUAUUGCACAAUAAACUGGAAUAUAUGUAUAUAUAUAUAUAUA